UCACACGAGUGUGGGCUAUUUUCGUUGACAAGCUCCAUCUUCUCAGCCAGUUGCCAAUGGAGGAGCAAUCACUCGUACCAAGAACUCAACAAACCUUCCCAAUCAUGGAUGACCAUGUCAUUCCGAGAUCAAGGCCAGCCCAUAGCAUCAUGAAAUCUCACAGCACUGACUCUAUGAUAAGCAGCAGCAUGAAGGAUGAUGAACAUGGAAUCAGGAUCAACUUGAAGAGGAACGGAAGCUUCGGAAGCAAGGGUGGAUCGGCAGUAUCAAAUUUUUCUGCAGGAUGUGCAAACAGAGCACAAGAUUUGGUAGCUACUGAUGCACUAGCCAUUAAUGGCACAUUGAGCUCAAGAGAAAUAGAGCAUGUAGUUGACUUUUGGGCCUCCAUGCCAUCAUCUGAGACACCAGAAACUUCACAGAGGAAGAACCAUCCACAUGCAAAAGAUGAUGAAGCUGAAGGAUCCAUGAACAACAAGAAAAACCUGGAUUCAGAUAUUUGGAUGGCAAUGAAGAUAGAUCUAAUUUUCCCCAUAUAUCUCAAGUUUUCGGACGUGGGAUACAAGUUUGCAGAUAAUGGAGGAACGAGCUCUGUUGCCAUGAACUACAUCCUUCAAGGAGUCACAGGAUCCGUGGAACCUGGUGAGGUUCUAGCACUGAUGGGACCAUCAGGAGGAGGUAAAACAACUCUGCUUAAUCUCCUCAGUGGGAAGAUGACAAUUAAGGACCAUGGAGGCCUCAUAACCUACAACGAUCAGCCAUAUUCUAAAUGGCUUAAACGAAGGAUAGGAUUUGUGCUGCAAGAUGAUGUAGUGUUUCCCAACCUAACGGUGAGAGAGACCUUAACAUAUGCUGCUCUUCUUCGCCUUCCCAAGACAUUAACCAAGCAGCAGAAGGAAGAAAGAGCUAUAAAUGUGAUCCAUGAUCUCGGACUUGAAAGGUGUCAAGAUACCAUAAUAGGUGGAGCAUACACGAGAGGGAUUUCCGGCGGGGAAAGGAAGAGGGUCUGUAUCGGAAAUGAAAUCCUUCUCGAUCCAUCACUUCUGUUUCUGGAUGAACCAACAUCUGGUCUCGAUUCAACCACGGCACUUCGGAUAGCUCAGAUGCUCCACAACAUUGCUCUUGCCGGGAAGACGGUGGUCACCACCAUACACCAGCCUUCGAGCAGGCUGUUCAACAUGUUCGACAAGUUGAUUCUGCUGGGGCGAGGCAGCUCCUUGUACUUCGGAAAGACAUCGGAAGCCAUGCUCUACUUCUCCUCGAUUGGCUGCAGCCCUCUCAUUCCGAUGAACCCAGCUGAGUUCCUUAUAGAUCUCGCCAACGGCAACAUCAACGACAAAUCGGUACCUCUGGAACUGCAGCAACGUAGAUUCCUAUGCAAAACUCCCGAAAUCGAAGGAAGAUCGUCAUCGUCCAUGGACAUCCAUGAAUACCUGGUGGGUGCCUACGAAACCAGGGUUGCCGGAAUAGAGAAGCAAAAGCUUCUCAAGCCAGCUCCCAUCGACACGAUGUGGAUGAUGCAAGGACGAGGCCCCUGCAGCUUGGAUGAAUCGAGGGUGGGUUGGUGGGAACAGUGCCACAUCCUCUUCUGGAGGGGGUUAAAGGAAAGGCGCCACGAAUACCUGAGUUGUAUCCGCGUCAUUCAGGUUGUAGCCACUGCAGUCAUUAUUGGAUUGCUGUGGUGGCAUUCGGAUGCUUCCACGCCCAAAAACCUACAAGAUCAGGCAGGAUUGCUGUUCUUCAUCUCGGUGUUCUGGGGUUAUUUCCCAGUCUUUGCAGCUAUCUUCACCUUCCCUAAAGAACGGGAGAUACUGGCCAAAGAGAGAUCAGUGGGCAUGUACAAGCUCAGUGCAUACUUCAUUGCCAGAACCACGAGUGAUCUGCCAUUGGAUCUCACACUGCCAAUAGUCUUCCUGUUAAUUGUCUAUUUCAUGGCAGGCCUGAGAUCAGACUUCACAACAUUUCUAGAAAGCUUGCUGACAAUAUUUCUAAGCAUUGUAGCUGCCCAGGGUUUGGGACUAGCCGUUGGUGCAGCUCUGAUGGAUAUCAAGAAGGCAACAACAUUAGCUUCUGUCAUCAUCAUGACCUUCAUGUUAUCUGGUGGUUUCUUCGUGCAGAGGGUUCCAUUCUUCAUGUCAUGGAUUCGGCAUCUGUCCUUCAACUAUCACGCAUACCGGUUACUCCUCCAGGCUCAGUAUGGAUGCACGAGCACAAGCCACCACAAUGCUAAUCCUUGCAAGUCUCGUUUCAUCGAAGAACUUGGACUGGACAACAGAGGGAUGGAGGUAGGAACCAUGAUAGCCAUGGUCUUUGGCUACAGAUUGUUGGCUUAUCUAUUCCUUAGGAAGAUGAAACUGAGAAAUACUUGAGAACAUCCCUUCGGGCAUGGAAGUCAGAUACCAAGCCAAUUUUAGUUUGUAUGGUGUUUGAAUGAUCUAAUAAGAA